UCCUCUUUUGUCACGUACCGACACUGUUAAUCAUGUUUACUUUCCACCAUGUAGUCACCGGGGACAUUAUGAGUACUAACAUCACUGAGCCCGUAUGACAGCGUUUUAGUUCAUUUUGAUCCACUCGGAGUUUCAGUAAGAUCAGUUGAGCCAUGGAGGGAGAACCGAUGUCUUCGCUAUCCUUGUUGUCCUUGUCGUCAUCAUUGUCACUGGCAGCAGAUCACCAGACUUCACCCCAAGUUGAUGACACCCUCAGUCAGGACGCGCAGGAGGACCAAUUUACUGUAGAAUCAAGGGUAGAGGAUGAGGGUGUUGUGGGUGAGAGGCUGCUGUCUGGGGAGGAACAGGUCACACUGAUCACUGAGAGUAUGUCUGUGACCUCAUCGGACCAAGAGAAACUGCUGCUCCUCAACAAGAACACGGAGCUACGCAGGGUCAAUAAAGAGCUGAUGAGGCUGAACGAAGACUGGGACCAGGUGUAUCGCAGUGCCAUGGUGGGUUUACAGCAGAGAGUGGAGUCUUUAGAGCAGGAGAACUCUGCUAUAAGACAACUUAACAACAGACUGCUGCUUAAAGUAGAACAUGAACAGAGUGCGAGAGAGUUCUAUGAGCACACACUGAUGCAGGAAUUAAAGAAGAACCAAGACUUGCAGAAAUACAUCAGGACUCUUGAGAACAGAAUGUACAACAUAAAAACUACCAAAGACUGUGAAGCCAGCCUCAGUGCUAUGACCCCAGAGUCCUGCCCCACCUCUGAUGCCCCCGGGGGUCCCAUCCUGGGGUCCAGUUCUGGUGCCAUACCUCCACCUUGCUUCUCCUCCCUCUCUUUCAUCCCAGAGGCAGGGCUGCAGAGCCAGAGUUGGGGCAGCAGUGCCUCUAGUGGAACACUGGGCACGGGGCCACAGCAUCAGCGAGAGGUGGAGGACCUAAAAGAGCAGCUGGAGGCACUGCGAUGUCAGACCCAGAUCUAUGAGGCUGAAUAUGAGACAGAGCACAAGGACCACAAACACACACUCCAGGAGAACCGGAAAUUGAGGAAGAAGAAGGAAGAGAUGCGUCAACAGGUGGCACUACUGCAGGAACAGCUGAAGGUCUAUGAAGAUGACUUCAGAAAGGAGCGGUCCGACAAGCAGGUGCUACAGCGACUGUUGCUGAAGAAAACUUCGACAGCCAAAGACCCUGUGCUCAUCCACCGCUGCAACAAUGAGCAGCAACCACCAGGUGGUGACAACAAAACACAAGGCGGAACCAGAGGACAGCCACAGAAACAGCACCACCCUUUGUGUCCCAAGCAUGGCAACAGGGACAACGAAGGGCACUCCUAAGUCUUAAGGAGAGAAUGCCCACAAUAAUCACUCAUGCAUGGACACACACACACGCGCACACAUACAGUGGCGUGUAUGAGUGUUCACCCUUCAAAAUAUGAAUGACCAAUUGUUUCACAAAUCAAUAAUAUGAGUUGAUUAUCAAAAUUGUAUUGCUACUCCCAAGUACAUCAUACAGCAGCGCCGGCCAACAAAUUGGGUGUUUAAUGAUUUAACGAAGGAUGCUGAAAUGCUGAAAUGUUGCCAAAGUCCCCCCCCCGGGCAUUCCCCUAAAUCGGACCUCAAAUCACAUUAAUCUUAAAAGUGACAUCAUGCUUUCUUGCCUUUAGGCUUUUCCCCACCGAGUUGGAGGGUUUUUUUCCUUUUCCUUUUCUUACUGGACACUUCCUGCUGCACCCGUUUGUGCAGUCCCCAUUUCAUGAUGUAAUGUUUCCAUUUUCAUUUGUUCAUUCGUUUCCUCACCUUUUAGAUUCCUCACAUGAUGUUAAAACUCCUGAAAUAUUUUUCGUUAUUCUAAUACCUUGUUCUGUUUUUAUUUGGAAAAUAUCCUUCAUAGUCCCUUAAUGUAUCAACCAAUCUAAUGGGAUUAGUAUUGUAAGAACAAAACAAAGACAUGUAUCGUCUAUUAAGUAGAUAUUUAGUUCAAAUACGAGCAUCGUAAUGUUCUGCGAUUUUUUUUUACAGCGUUACAGGCUAAAUGACGUUUUUAAAAAAAAAAUUCUAUUUUUUUUAUUUGAUAUGUGAAAAUUGCCCUGUCACUGUCUCUGACACACUCUCUUUCUACACACACACACACACACACACACACACACACAUGCAUACAUAAGUGUAAAAACAAACUUUUUAUGUACGUAUAAGUUUAGAAACAGGAAAACUGAGGAACACUGAAUCUGCCAAUGACAGGCGGAUAUCUUUGUGCUUGACUAUUUAUUCAGAGACUUAAAUAAACAUAAUAGAUAAUAAAAUGCAUUGCUUCCGUACAAACUAAUAAACUAUUGA